AUGGCAGGAGCAGGAUAUGACGCCGUGGUGGAUGUGGACGACGAGGGCGACCUCGGCCACACCGAUCUGCAGGACGACCUCGAGUUCCACAACUCCAGCUUCGUCGACACGGCCGGACGCAAGAGCACGCCAGGUGCAGGCGUUGGGCUGCCGCUGCCGGCGACGGCCUCGCGGCCGGGCGGUACAGCUGGCGCGGCAGGCGGCAAGCAGUUUCUCUGGUCGCUGUCAUACUACGCACAGUUCUUUGACGUGGACACAUCGGCGGUGUUGACGCGCUGCUGGGCGGCGCUGUAUCCGCGGGCCAACUUCUUGGACGUGCUCGAGGGCAACCCGGACCUGUACGGACCGUUUUGGAUCGCCACGACGGUCGUCUUCAUCCUCUUCCUCAGCGGCACCAUCAGCCAUUACCUGGCCUCGACGGGCGACGAGCCGUUUGCCUACGACUUCACCCUGCUGAGCGGUGCCGCCGGCCUCGUCUACGGCUACACGCUCGUCAUCCCGGUCCUCCUCUUCCUGGCGCUGCGCUACUUCGGGUCCGAAUCGGCCAACCUGCUCGAGUGCUGGGCCCUCUACGGCUACGGCAACCUGAUCUGGGUCCCUGUCGCGCUCAUCGCCUGGUCGCACGUUGACAUUCUCAACUGGGUCUUUGUCGCCGUCGGCUUCGGCCUCUCUGUCGCCUUUUUGCUGCGCAACCUGUACCCCGUCCUGUCGGCCACCGACAAGCAGACAAGCAAGGUCCUUCUCGCCAUCGUCGUCGUCCUGCACAUGGCCCUCUCUGUCACGAUCAAGUUCCUAUUCUUUGCGCACGCCAGCCCGAUCAAGAGCCCGCUGUCGGGAAACAAGCCGCCCGUAGAGACACCGCCCAGCCUGUUCUAG